UACACGGAAGCAAGAUGGCGGAUGACAGGACGCCUCCUUCUAAUAAGUCUGGCUUUUUGAUGUCCAUUGUCAGGACUUUAUCAUCAAGUGCAGACUUUGAGCAACGAGAAAAGGAGAAAACUCGGAUAGAGAAAGCCUAUCGAGAAAGUGACAAGAGGCUCUCUGAACAUGUCACAAAUCAUUACGAUGACAUCAUCAAGGUCAUGACUGCUUUCAGUGCUAUGACCAAAAGUAUUAAUGAGUCUCGAGAGAAGAUCCAUAAGAUUAAAGAUGACCUCAACUCUUGCAAAACUCUGCUCCACUUCAAGCGAGAUGAGCUACGGAAACUGUGGCGAGAUGGCGUCGAACACAAAGCUGUUCUGGCCAUGCUGGACCAAAUUGAGCAGAUGAAGGAGGUUCCAGACAAGAUGGACAACUACCUGUCAGGAAAACACUACCUGCAUGCCACAGACCUCAUUGUUCAGUCAGUGGCCAAGUUGGAGACCAGCCUGUCAACGGUUGAGGCGUUACGGGACUUGAGAUCAGAACUGACAGCCAGGAAGGAGCGUCUACAUGAGGUGUUGAUAGAGGAGCUGAACAGACAGAUAUACGAGAAGUCCGCUGUUUCUAGAAGUCUGGGACGACGUGGUUCUUGGAGGCGGGGACAGAAAGAUUUACUGUUUCUCAAGUCCUCCGUGUUUUCAAGAGAUGGGGAAUCUGAAGAUGGCCGUCUCCUGAGUGAAGUGAAGGAAGAUCUGAGUUCCAGCCCUGAGGAGAACCUGCCGAGGUUCAUCUCCAUCCUCAUAGAGUCUCUGGCAGUUCUCAAGAAACUCCCAGAAGCUGUUGAGGGCAUCAAGAUGAGGAUUCAGCCAGGACUGCUGACCCUGGUGGCGAGGGCCUCACAACAGGUGCUGGAGAGUGGAGGAGACAGCCUGGCAAGCCAGAAUCAGCCACGGUACCUCCUGGAUCUGUUGGAGACCAUCUUCCAGCAGUUCCGAGGGGUGGCACAGAUGCAUGAACUUGUCCUCAAAAAUGUCCACCGGAGUAUGCAAUCUGGAGAAUCUCAGUCCGAGGCGUCGGGCAUGCCGAUGAGAUCUGACCUGAUGUACGACAUGAAGGAUGUCUGGUCAGAAAUACAAGCUGUGCUGCAAGUGCUUCUGAGCCAGUAUCUGGACGUGCGGAACUCCCUGUCAAACAGACAGCAGGUGCCGAGCGGCUUCGAUGAACCCAGCAUGGAUAUCAGCCAGUACUUCAGCAAGAAGAGACAGGCAAAGCCAAAGAAAAUAAGCUUGUUCCGGUUUGAUGCGUCACUUCACGCCCUCAGUACUAACAGUUACAUCGAGGACAGUCGACAGUUUGAUGCUGCUGGUUACCUAGGUGACCAGGGUCUGCUAGCAGGACUGAGCAAGCAUCAGCUGGUGUGUAAACCUGCAGCCAAUAAUGUGACGGCCAUAUACAAGCCACUCCGCAGCUUCAUCCAGGAGAUCGAGAAGGCAAUGGAGAUGGAGAGCCCGUCGAGUCUCCAGGAGUUUGUGACUGACUUCGUACAAAAUGCAUUCCUUGGCCAGGUUCAUCAGAAGGUGUCCCAGAGCAUCGACGCUGCCACACGAGGUCUGAUCGUGUUGCCGACUUUCUCAUUACACUCAGUCAUUGAGGAGGAGGAUGGUCACAAGUGUUUUGAUGCUCUGCGGAAUGUCAUUGAUGAUAAGGUCCGACGGGAACUUGGUGUGCCACGCCCACUUUUACAGAGCACCGUGACAGUCGACCGUAACAUUCAAGAUCUGCAGGAGCUGAUGCAUGAUCUGCCAGACUAUGCAGACCAGUUCCUCAACAUGAUCUGCAACGUUCUCUGUGACUACCGCGAUAAGUGCCACUCUGCCUACAGAGAUAUUGUUCAGCAUGGAUCUGAUGAGAAACGAGUGAUCAGUGCCCAGUGGGCAAAGGAUGAAGACAUCAGCAGGUUCCUCAGGUCUCUGCCAAGCUGGAGGACUCUUCAGCCCGGGGAGGGACAGGAGCUGGACCGUACGAUGUGCUCGGAGGAGGAGAUGCGUGCUCUCAACUCAAAGGAAGCGGUCAUCUUGAUACGGAACUUAUCCUCAGACGAGACCUUGAUUCCUCAGCAGGAGAUCAUAACUGAUGUCACUCAGAUGAGGACUGUGGCCAAUGUACAUGAGAGUCUGGAAUGGUUUGCUGGUCGUCUUCAGCAGUUCACAGAUAGUUUGUCUGGUCGGUCCACAAGCAACCUUGGCCCACCAUCCACUAGCCCAGCUGACAUUCCACCGGUAUCAGAGAAAACUUUAGCAGGCAUGAACACACUUGUCCAGGAUUUCCGCGACCUGGCAGAGAUAUGUAUGUUGCUGUUACACCUGGAGGUCCGAGUUCACUGCUUCUACUACCUGUUGCCGGUAGCUAAACAGUCCAACUAUGCAGGGCCAAUAGAUGACCUUGACCCUGACUCUAAUGUCUUGAAGCUGAACAAGGAUCUGACCAGCAUGGAGGAGGUCCUGGCACACAGCCUGCAGCCCAAAAAGUUCAAGUACAUCUUUGAGAGUCUGGGAUACCUGGUGUCUUCCAUCCUCAUCAACAGUGUCCAUUUCCUGAAGAAGAUCAACGAGAAUGGCAUCAAGAAAAUGUGCCGAAACAUCCUGGCCAUCCAACAGAACCUGACCAACAUCACAUUAACCCGGGAGUCGGACAUGGACAGGGCCAGGCUGUUCUACGAGCUGCUAUACCUUACCCCCGAUGACAUCUUGAACUCAAUAGCGGAGAAAGGACCGCAGUUCACCGGUACGGAGUACACCCAGUUGAUCCAGCUGUACCACCGCAGUCACCCCCGGCAUCAAGGUGGCGGUGCAGACGGCCACAUGCAGAGAUUGCUGCAGAUCAUUGAGAAGGGACAGAAUGAGACCAUCAGCACCUGAACAGACAGUUCAUGGACAAUGUUACACAGGGUCACAUCAGUGUUUCUCAACAGGCACUGUUACCUGAUAUACUGCUUGUACUAUGUUGCACAUCUUUACAUGUUAAGGUAACUGAAACAAGCAGCUGUUGUAAAGUGUUGCAAAUAUCAACAGUGUAUAGUCAACAAUCACCAUACAAGUUAUGUACAAUGUUGCAGCUGUAUUACAGAUGAAGUGGAUGGUCACUGUUUAAAUACAGUGUUUAUAGCAGAUGAACAGCUGUUUAACAACAGCUGAUGAAGCAAGCACAUGCACAAUGGUAUAGUGUUUAUAGCAGAAGAACAAUCAGGUUGUUGUACAGUGUUGCAGCUGUUUUGCACAGUGAGUGAGUCAGUUUAGUUUUACGCCGCACUCAGCAAUAUCCCAGUUAUAUGGCUGCGGUCUGUAA